UACGGGCAGAAUAUUCUAACCUAGGGCCGGGGGAAAUGGCGAAGCGGGCGCUCUGUGCUGGUAAGCUCGGUGCUCCAAUGCGGCCUUGCAUUGUCUAGUCCCAGGCCGGGAGGGCUAGAUCUAGGUCUUGGCAGCUCGGAUCUAUGCGCGGGGCGGCUAGGAAGCUCGGAUUUUGGCAGUGAUAAUCUGCGCUGGUCGAUCCAUGGGAAGGCCCGUUGGUGUGGAAGGGGGACUGGUAGCUCAGCAAUGCCGUAGCGCCGCCGCCGCUGCCGCCGUCGUUGCGCCGUCGCGUUGUUCCGUGGAGGCGGCGGCGGCGUCGUGGAAGUGGGAAAGCGGCAGCGAUUCUUGCGAUUCCGGUGGAGGAAAUCCGCCGUGUUCUUCUUGUUCUUGGGACAGCGUGGGGGGGCUGGACGCUCAGCAGCUGGGAGUUCUCCAAAAGGUUGCGAGCCGGGGAGUUUUCUGGCAGCACCCGAGCUUGCCAGUCGCCAAGGUGUAUGGCUUGCAGUAUGGAGGGGACGUGGAGGCGGAUGGGAACUGCCUUUUCACGGCGGUCCAGCGAGCAAUGCAGCUCAAGGAGGCGCCGGUGGAGAUCCGGCUCGCGACUGUGCGCAGGUUUGUGGACGACUACGAGGCCGCGGAUGCGGAGGAGAAGGAGAGAUUGGACAGGAUCAUCAAGAAUCUCUACUCCCCGGACAUGUCCACGGGCUGGGGCGUUCACGUCGUGCAGGAGGUGAAACUCCUGGCGAAGAAAACCGACAGGGAGGCCCUGGAGACCGAGAUCGAGGAGAUGAUCCAAGUUGGCAUGUCAAGGGAGUCAGCGAUAGAAUCAGUGUACAACGAGCAUUGCCUACGUGUGUGCGACGCUUGCAGCUGGGCGAAGUAUAUGUCCAUCUCCGGUCAGGCCACGGACGAGUAUGACAUUGUGACUUUGCUGUACACCGAGGAGGGGCUGCUCAGCGUGGAGAUGAACGCCGAGGGGAAAGCUGCGGCCUUUGGAGAUGACAUCGCCAUCCAAGCACUGGCGAGCGAGUUCCAGCGACAGUUGUUUGUGGUGCAAGUUCAUGGGAAAGAUGGCAGCGCCGAGAACUCUGAAGGCUUGAUUUUUUUUCUUCCGCACUCCCCGCGGCAAGAGAUCAGUCAUCCGCCCGUUUUCUUACUUAUGAGGGGAACAGGUUGGUGUGGUGCUGGUGGCGAUCACUACGAGCCAAUCCUCGCUAAACUUCUUCCCGUCGUCUCCAAAGAGAAGGCAGCUUACAUUUUGUGAGAGGAAAAAAUUUUCCCCGUGGGAGUUGGACAGAGUUUGGAGGUUUUUUCAGUUUCUCCAGGAGUGUACGUAAAACCCAGAUCAUUCUUUUUGUGAUUCUACUAUGUUUAUUAUUACACUUUUUUGUGAGGAGUGUCUUUUUAAACAUUUUUAUGUGCUCUAGUAUUCUGACAA